AUGACCGCGGCUGUGCUAGUGCCGUCAGUCCAGCCUUCCAUGUGUCCAGAUUCUAUAGAUUUCACUGAAGCGAUUAAGGACUCUCCUCGGUUUCGCGCAUCGCUGGCACAACACACGCAGUACUUCAGCCGGCUAGAAGCUAGGCUAAAUGAGAUUCAAAAACAUGUGACAAACAUGAUGGACUUCAGCAGGAGCUACGUAUCUACCUUCUACAAACUAACUGUUUCGAUCAAUCAACUGUGUGAAGAGAGCUUCUCAGCAAAUGUUCUCGCACAGAACACAAUCCAUUCUCUUUCGGAUGCCUGUGGUCGAACAGUGUGCCUUACCAAAGACUUUCAUGAGCAGUCCUGUACGACUUUAUACAGUCAAUUGAAUUCUUUCUUGAAAACUGAAUUAGUGAAAGUACAAGAAGCUAGAAGUCAUUUUGACUCAAUGUCAGCGAGUAUGGAUGAAGCUCUCUCUCGCAACGCUUCCUCGACCAGAGCACGUCCUUCCGAUGCAGCAGAUGGUCGGAACGCUCUUACAGCGGUGGGAGCCUGCUUUGCUCACACAACACUGGAUUAUGUUGCACAGAUCAAUAUUGCUCACGCACAAAAAGAUCAUUUAAUAAUUGAUGCGUUAUGGUCUUUUGUCCGCGAAACGUCUUCCUUCUUCUCAAGAGGACACGCCAUCUUUGAUGACUGGACUGCUGCUGAUAAUGGUGCAGUGUCGGAUUCCAUUGCUGCACUAGCAGCCAAAAGCAGACUGAUCCAACGAAAGAUGCAGGAUAUACAUUCCCUUGUACCGAAGAGAAUAACUCUUCCUCCCACUGCUAAGUCAUCUGUUCCUAAGAAGAUCUCGGAUGUGUCGACUGCCUCCAUUGAGAGUACAAAGUCUGCAUCUGGCAGGUUUAGCUACCUGGCUGGAGAUGUCCCUAGUGCUCUUUGUCCACUGCUUCCUCUACCAGGACCAAAUUUGUCUCGAUCGAAUUCAAGCAAUGAGUUUACGUCUGAUAGUAAACGCAAGAAAAAUUCGAAGCUCAGACGCAGACCAGCAGUGAAACUUGUUCUUCCAAGAAGAAAAACUUCACGGUUCUAUGCUCCCAUACUUGAUUCACCUAUUCAUUUACCUCAAACAGAGAUGUUCCAACAUUUUUCUGGAAUGCCACCUGAUCCAGAUGUUAUGAUGGAAGGCUACCUUUACAAGCGGUCUUCAAAUGCAUUCAAAACUUGGAAUAGACGUUGGUUUCAAAUCAAAGACAACAAGUUGUUGUACUCUCAUCGCUCUGCUGACUCGGAACAGCCGACUGUCAUGGAGGAGAAUUUGAUGUUGUGUCUGGUCCGUCCAGCACCGUCAUCUAUCGAUCGAGUCGGAUGUUUCGAACUUGUCACUCCUACCAGAAGUCAUCUACUUCAAGCCGAUUCCGAAGCGUUGUGUAAUGACUGGAUGCGUGCUUUACAGCGUACGAUUCUAGCUCUGCAUGAAAGUGACGAAGUAGAAACCCGUCCAAGCUCCUUCAGCAAAUCCGAAAGCCGGAAGGUUGCUACAGACGUGGGCGUCAGUGCUGCACAUGUAGGCGCAUCUUCUGUCCCAGAUUCGACAACCACAUUUGAGCAAAUUCGUCGAGUACCUGGCAACGAAAGGUGUGCUGACUGUGGAUCAGAGCAACCAAAAUGGGUCAGCAUAAAUCUUGGGGUGGUUUUGUGUAUAGAGUGCUCCGGGGUUCACCGUAGUCUAGGCGUACAAACAUCCAAAGUCCGAUCUUUGACGAUGGACUCAAUAGAUCCUGAAUUGCGAGACGUACUGUUGAGCCUCGGAAACUCUCAGGUGAAUGCUAUAUUCCUCGCCCAUCUUCCUGACAAAGAUAUUGUUCCCCAACCUGCUGUUGAUAACUCUAGUCGCCAGGUUCGUGAAGCAUGGAUCAAAGCAAAGUACGUGGAACGACGAUUCGCAGUUUCUUCGUGUGAACGUGCUAGAAGCAGUGCUGCCGCAAGAAAAGAACACCUCAUCAGGCACCGUAACAGCCUUUGUGGAAUUAGCAGUUCAGUUCACCGAUCCACCUCGUACAGUGCUUUUGAUGUUGAUCUCAUUCAUAACACUGAUACGAAGGAAGCGGUUAAUGGUUUCAAACAAAGCCGAAUGUCAUCUUGUGGCUCUGAUCCAAGCAUUGGUCAACCAGACACAGCUGAAACUACCGAUUGGGAAGUUAUAAGCGAGGCAGCCAGAUGCGGCGACGUUCUAGGUCUUCUUCGAUGUGUUGCUGCGGGUGCAGAUAUCAAUUGUGCACGCAGCGGUACAACUGCCUUGCAUAUUGCGACAAGAAACGGUCAAACAGCUGCAGUAGAGUUCCUUUUGCUGAAUGGUGCAAAAAUCAAUGUUCUGGACGAUAAGUUGAAUACACCUCUUCAUCUUGCUGCCGCUGAAGGAAACACUUUGCAAGUGUGCCAGUUGCUCAAGAGAGGUGCUGACAAGUCGCUGAAGAACGCUGAUGGUGUGACUCCUUUGGAAAUUGCUGUCGAUGGCAAGCAUGCGGAUAUUGUUACGCUGUUUCGUGUGCACACAAUGAGAGACGAGUUUAACGAGGAAUUCAAUAACCCGAUGGAUGAUACCGUUGACAGUGUGAUUUCUGAUAUCACUCGGAAAGCUGCAGUAAGUAAAAGCUCGUCCGGAUGA